UAUGACAGCCUGGACGGUGCUGGCGGGAAGACGACAUAGGAGACAGUCACGGAGCGGUUGGCGGCGGAGAUUGACAGCCCAGUGGACAGAGAAGACGCGCUGCAGAAGUUCCGGUUGGCGAGGUUGCCGGUCGAUGGUGACCCACUGGUGCUGGCUGUGGAGCUUACCAGAUUGUUACGCCGUGCGCUGCCGAGUCUGGAUGAGGAGUCGGAGGCACAGUUGUUGGCGUCACAGUUUAUCGAGAGUGUGCCUGACACCGUCUCCCAACAGCUGAACGCAGCACAACCGAUGGAUAUCAGUGAACUGGCGAAGGUGACUCGUCAGCUGAUGACGCGAACAGUAACUCUGGUCGGGUGCGAAAAGCAGGAGAUGAGUAAUGUCGAGAAGAAGAUUGAGGAGCUGGAGCGUGAGAUUGCAGCAAUACGAGUGAACAAUAAAAGGAACGAUAAAUGUUACGCUUGUGGAGGGACAGGACAUUGGAAGAUAAACUGUCUAACAAGACGAAGACGCAGAUAUGUUAGACGUUACAACGAGUGUUCUUUCUAUUCUAGGAAUCUGGGGAUUGUUGCGUUAGUAGACAGAGGGGCAGUAUAUACGAGAGUGAACAUAAAUGAGCGAGAUUUAGUUUGUCUGAUCGAUACAGGUGCAGCAGUAUCGUUAAUAGGCAAAGAGCAAUGUAAGAGAAUCAAGCCGUGUACAUUAGCUGUCCACACGAUAGGAGGCCAUAUGUUAGAGGUGUUUGGCGUAUCUAGCAGUAUCGUAAAAAUGGGGGAUGCUGAGAUAAAUUUUCCGUUCGUCGUAACCACAAGCUUAUCGAGACCGAUAUUAGGAGCAGAUUUCCUAAGAGAAGUAAAAGCGAUAGUUGACUUAAGAAGCGGUAAGGUGGUCACGAAAUAUGGUUCAUUGACAAUACACGAAAGUAGCGAAGUGGCCGAAAUAAGAGUUGCAGCGGAUGUCUCGUCAAAGAAACCAAACAUUCACGAGUUAUGCAAAAAGUAUGCGAAACUAUUCACUGGAGUCAGUCUGUAAAACUCAUCUUUUACAUUAUCUGAGCUGCAGUCAGUGGGAGAAUAGGCAGAGACGACGAAGAGGCAACCACGAGUGUCCCUAUCCUUCUGAGUCCUUACUGUUCCGUUCAGUCGGACAGCGCACAAACGACUGUCUACUGGGAUCCACUCUAAGAGAGCUAGUUCUGCCCUAGGACUCAAUGCUAUACCUACGCCGGCGAGGCCACGGGAAGCAGAAUCAGGGCUUCCAGAUACACGAAGCGUAAAUCGAGUCGGUUCUUUAUUUUGGUAUGGUGAGGUCAAAUGAAU